AUGGCCAAAUUCCGUUUGCAGUGUUGCAUUUCGGAUGCGAAGGAGGAGAGCCCAGCAUUUGAAAACCAAGACAGUCCUGUUACUCUUAAAACUACAAUUCAUGAACCUGAGACUAAAGAAAAUGGAAUAGCCUUCAUUCAAAUUAAGCCAUCAGAAAGCCAGUUUCAGGCAUAUCAUAUCCUCGAAGCAAUAGUUGCUCCCGUUUUAAAAGAGCUCACGAGUCUUUGUAUGCAUAAUUGGAAGUUUGCCACUCUUGAUUUUGAUGACACCAGAUUUUUCUUAAAACAGCAAGAGAAAGUGAUCAGUGAUGCUUUUAAACAAGGGGCAACGGCUGAUGAGAAGGAUAUUACCUUAUUCAAACAUGCCGCUGUUCUGCAUUUGGUGGUAACAGUUCGUGACCUCUUAUUAACCUGUAGCUUGAAGGUAGCAUUAGGCUAUUUGUCCAAGGCAAAAGACAGGUAUAAGGAAUUUGUAGGCUCUAGCCUGGAUAAUCUUUGCCGACUGCUGACGAUUGUGCAGUUGGCUGGGCAGAAGAAGCUUGAAGGCAAUCCCAAGGCAACAGAGCUGCAACACCAAAUGUCCAAGUGGAUGCAGAGUAAGACAAGUGAGCAAAAUAAGGUAGUCAUCGUGACGAGGAUGGACUAUGGUGAUGAAACAGCGGCCCUGAUAAACAUCGUUAGUGCAGUGCAAGGCCUAAAAGUCGCAUAUUUGAAUUCCGAGAAAAAAGGAGCUUCGCUAGAGAGCAAAAAUGUAAUAAGCAGAUUGGAAAGAUAUUCCUGUGUGGUUGUAUAUGAUCAGCAUAUUGGAUCUGAUUUUCCCUGGACUAAUUUUUCAUUAGUAGUGGAAUAUAACUACUCAAAAAAUUCCUGCUGGAUGGAUCUUUGCAAAAAUCUGAACAUAUCAUAUGUAACUUUCAUAACAGCUCUCCCAGAAGAAGCAGCUGGAAUUGAGGUUUCUCCAGAUGAUUACGGACAUUUCCUUCUUGAGGUGCAAAUUCCAUAUGUCUUUCUGACCUCUGAGGGAUUACUCAACACUCCGGAAAUCCUUCAGUUACUGGAGUCCAAGUAUAAUAUUACAUUUAUUGAGAGAAGCUGCUAUGAAGCGUUACACUUCUUUGGGAGCACAGACCGUUAUGUUGUGAUAACAAUCGAUGAAUGCACAGCCGUUAUUAUGCAGAACAUAGAAGAACUCAAUUAUGAAAAGUCCUCUGACAACAUUGUGUUAAGACUGAUGGUGCUAACACUUCAAUACACUUGUUGCUGGAUCAUUUUGUACUCUAGAGCAAGGUUAAAUUCUGAGUACAGCCUAGCUGGACAAACUUUGCAUCACUUAGCCUUGAUUUACGCAGCACUGGUUCCGUUUUCUCAGAAGUCAGAAGACUUUGAAGUGAAGGUGGUUCUUACACCAGGUGUUGAAGAGACAGCUCUCCUGGUUCGUCAGAUUGCUGACUAUGUUUUGAUGACUUCUAAAAGACAUCCUCAGGAGUGGCUGGACAAAUCCUGGCUUUCUGUCUUGCCAUCAGAGGCGGAGAAACGCCUGCUUAUGUUUCCAUGUGUGAACCCCGUAGUGGCUCAAGUCAUGUUAAAGAAGGGUUUGUCAUUGGAAUGGCUCCUGUCAGCAACAUUUGACCAGCUUCAGGAACUUCUGCCUGAAGUACCGGAAAAAGUUUUAAAGCACUUUAGUGACAUCACAUCUUUGUACACCUUAAACUCUCCAACUGAGCCAAAACUUCAAAAUAGAAUUGCGGAAUGUAAAGAAAAGACGAACUCUCCCAUCAGCCCCUGCUCUCCAGCUCCCGAAGCUUUGUUCUCCAAUGUUCAAGGACAUAGUCCAUUUACCGAGCAUUCAGGAUGCUUUACUGAAGCGCAGAACAGCAGAAGCUGUUCCCCAGGUUACUACAAAAAAGAGUCUCGCAUCCCUCAGAAACCAAAUGGAAGGCACUGCAUUAUGGCACCUUCCUUAUCCUAUCAAGAAGAAAUAUGCUCUUUCAAAGAGAGAGGGGCAAAGAAGCAACAGUAUUUUCCAUUUCAGAAAAACAUGGAAAUAAAAUCAGGAGUGAAUUCAUCACUACACAGUUUUGGUGAGCCUCCCCAUAACCCUUUUGAAGCUGCAGUGCCAUCUUUGGGGUACAACCAAGGGGGCACCAACACUUACCUUGAAAAGUACCCACUUGAGGAAAUAAGCUUUUCAGAAAUAAAAAGGGGAAGAAAUCUGGAAGUUCCAGUCUUGUUAAAGAACCCUUCCCAUCAAGAUGUUCAACAUGUACUUCGGAGGAGGGAACAGUCUCUUGCAAAGCACCACAAGGCAAGCCUGCUUUCCAAACCGUCUUGGUGUCUUACUACUAAUAGAGAAGACAUCCCAUUCCAGCAGAGCUCUGGCUGUUUUCUGGAAGAAUUUAAUGGGGCAACAUAUAACAGUCCAGAACUUCAGUUUGAGGGAAGUUUCCUGGAUGACUAUCAGUCAGUGCCAACAGCAGAUCCAUCUUUGGACGGUCUAAGUUUCUGUCAAGCAACAGUUAAUUCAGAGAGGCUUUUCAACCUGGACUUUCAAAGAGCUGAAGAAUAUACAGGAAGGAGAAGACUCAGUUUCCUGUCACCUUUGAAUAGAAGACAGCAAGCUGUUUCUGCAGGUUUAGAAUGCAUCCAGUUACCACAGCUUAAAAAAAGACGUCUAACAUUUGAAAAAGAUCCUGGGAGAAGUGAUGGUCAAACACGUCUUAAGUUCUUUUAAGCUGCUAUUCCUUU